UCGCGCCCCUGCUGUAGCCAGAUGAAGAUGGACUGAGGACUGAGGAAGAUACGCUAUAACGCCAACAAAACCAAAAAAAAAAAAAAAACUGAGCCAACCUCACGGAACAUUUCAUUACACGACGUUUCUUUGCUUUUAAUUAGGAAGAGAACAAUGAAAUCAUCAAACAGUCUCCCCUCCAGAGUGGGUAGAAACCCCUUCGUCCACGAGCUGAAAUUCACACUGACAGAGAAAAUAAAGAUAGGACUGAUGUCUGUUACAGUGUUUCCUCUGCGCCUGCUCCUGGUGUCCUUCCUCAUGCUGCUGGCAUGGCCCUUCGCCUUCACGGCCUCCCUGGGACGCUCUGAAUAUGUUGUGGAACCACAGUCAUGGUGGAGGAGAUUGCUAGACGUGUGCCUACGAGCGAUCAUGCGAGCCAUGUGGUUUUGUGGGGGAUUCCAUUGGAUCAGGGUAAAAGGGCAACAGGCUGCACCCUCUGAAGCUCCCAUUCUCACCGUGGCACCACACUCUUCCUACUUUGAUGCCAUCCCAAUCACCAUGACCAUGUGCUCCAUAGUCACCAAACUAGAGAGCAGGAGCAUUCCUGUCUGGGGCACUCUGAUCAGCUACAUCAGGCCAGUAUUUGUGUUUCGGUCUGACCAGGACUCAAGAAGAAAAACUGUAGAGGAAAUUAAGCGAAGAGCAAAGUCUGGAGGGGAGUGGCCUCAGAUCAUGAUAUUCCCAGAGGGAACUUGCACCAACAGGUCGGGUCUCAUCUUAUUCAAAGCUGGUGCUUUCAUUCCAGGAGUACCAGUGCAACCGGUGGUGCUACGUUAUCCAAACAAACUGGAUACCGUUUCAUGGACAUGGCAAGGCCCUGGAGCGUUCAAGAUUCUUUGGCUCACUCUGUGCCAACUUCAUAAUCCCAUGGAGAUAGAAUACCUGCCUAUUUAUACGCCAUCAACCGAGGAGAAGGAAAACUCUGCCCUGUUUGCCAACAAUGUCAGAAAGCUCAUGGCCAAAGCCCUGGAGCUGCCACUCACGGACCUGUCCUUUGAUGAUCGGGACAUCAGCCUAUCACAUGGCCCUCUAUGCAUAUAUAAUUACAGCAUCCUGCUUGAGUUCAACCGGCUGGUGUGCCGCUUGGGACUGAGAGCAGGAGCCACAUCCAAAUCUCUGGAAGAGCAGGUCAGAAGAGCCAGAAAGCUGCAGGGAGACGGGUUGGGUUUGGAGGACUUUGCCCGGUUCCUUAACCUGCCAGUUACAGACCCACUCGCCCAAGUCCACAGCCUCUUCGACAAGCAUGGAGACGGAUUGAUAGACAUCAGACUCUACAUCAUUGCACUGUCUACCGUCUAUCAACCAUCAAAGACAAUGGAGACCCUGAAAUUAGCCUUCAAGAUGUAUGAGAGUGAAGACAACGGGAAAGUCCUGGAAGAGGAUCUCGCCUCCAUCUUGGAAAUGAUGUUAGGAGUUGAAGAGGUGGAGCUUUCUGGUGUCUUUUUAUCGCUUGAAGGCUCUGACGAAGGGAAGAUCACGUAUGAUGAACUUCAUGGUUUUAUAGAGCAGCAUCCAUACUUCAUCCAGGAUUACCUUGAUUUUAAAAACCAUCCACGCAAACUCUGCAUUGGCCGACCUAAGAGCUGCAACGGCCAGAACCACAACAAAGACGUUUGAAGAAUGCACUGAGACAAUCUAGUGACCUUCUCAGCCUAACAGCUUCUCCAAUGUGCCCACCACCUCUGUGCCUUCAAGUGCAGGAAGAGAAAAGGGACCAGACAUAUAUAAACAUUAAGGAUAAGGAUGGAUGAGUGUGCACAGAUGAUGACAUAAAAAUCACUUAACACUAAAAAGUGUUUUUUUUUUUCCAGAUGUUUUGUUCCUGAACUUAUGGUUCAAAUAAAUUGUCUUUUGUGCUCUGCAAA